GAGGAAGUCUUGGAUUUGGAGGAAGGUGCUAGCAGUGGCGAUGAAGGCUGCGACCGAUUUGCGAACAUGUCGGCAGCAAAGCCAGACCUGAGCUACCGAGGCCACACAGUCCAUUUCUGGACGAUCCCGUACUCAGCCAUCGAGGGCCGUUUGACUGCAGAAAACACAUCCAAGAAGGGCAUGCUGCGGCGUUUUCAAGAAGUCUACGGCGAGGCUUUGGAAUUCUACGCUGUUUUCCGGGAACUGCAUGCUGAAUCCUCACGAAGCUGGGAGCGCAAGGCUCACUACCAUGUGGUCUUGAAGCUGAAGGGCCGUGUCCGGUGGAUUCAGAUUGCCCGCGAGCUGCGCGCCAGGGGCAUCUUCGGGCAUUUGUCCUUGCCGACCAGGUAUGCAGAUAUCUGGCGCAUUGUAGCGUAUUGCUAUGUGCCUUCUGCCAGGAAGCCCUUGCCAGAACUUGAUCCCGAUCCCUUGCUGAGCUCAAACUUCCCCAUUAUUGACAUGGAGAAGCGGCUCCGCGGGAAGCUUGCCAGAACACAAGUUCUGAGGCCAUGGGAUUUUUUCCAAGUCUUGCGAAGACACCCGAGCAUCGAGACCUACAACGACCUCAUUGUCUGGGCGCAGUCCCAGCAGAAGCACGGGGUGCCUCAAUACUUGGAGUUUAUGACCAGGCAAGGUGGCAAGAUGUCUGGGCUCUUCAAGGCAUGGAAGCAGCUCAUGGCUAAGCCUGUGAGCCAAAAGUCGCAACGGGAGGAGCGAUUGGCUUCAAGGCAGGCGCCCUGUUCUUGCACAACGCCAGGCCGCUUGAGGUCUGGCCUGGAUGCCUUGAUGGAGCUGCACGAGAAGGAUGGUGAGAGGUUUGGCUACUUCGUCAAACGGCUUAUCCGCAUUGGGACAGCGGCCAAGAAUUGCAACAUCUUGCUUUGCGGGGCUUCCAAUGCGGGGAAGACUGCCCUCACAAGGCAGAAUUCCUGCCCGGUGGCCUGGGACACCCUGCUCUUGCUUCUGGAGGGCGAAGCUGUGGUAGCUGCUUGCAAGGGCUCGGCGUCGGUGGUCAUUUCCGAGCCGCCGCCUUUUCUCAUCACGUGCCAGGAGCGCGUUGUGCCGCUAGAUGCGAAUGGUCGCCCCAAUGUUGCCGAGAAGGAUGCCUUCCACAAUCGGUUUGCCUUGCGGUGGCAUCUGAAAUGCAGCAUUCCGUCUUCAAUGAAGGAUUCGCAAAGGAAGAUGUGCUACCGCUGCGUGCGUUGCUACUCAGACUGGGUGGAUGAGAAGCACGCUGCCUAUGCAGAGAAGGCCCCGGACAUCGAGGCAGAGACUGCAGCGCUGGAAUCGGCCAUCUGCCAAGAGGACUCAAGGGUGCCCGCUUUGCAAGAAGAAGAAGAACUUUCAGGGGCCACGACCCAGCCGUUGCUGGCCGCGCAGAGCUUAAAGGCGAUGGCUCCGAACCUUUCCAAGAUCGACGAGUUCGCCCCCGGCUCGAGCCGGCCGUUGCUUCUUCACCGGCACCGGCGGGAAGAAGGCAACCAGCCGAGCCAGCCCUUGGUGCCUUCCCAUGUGGAGAUGCUGCCUGCUCCACGAACGCCUGAGCCGUGGACCCCACCGUACCCGCCUCCAAGGGUGCACAUCCUGAUCUGCUUUGACAUCCUUACUGGAGAUCGUGCCAGCGCUACUACCAUCAAUUGUGGCACGGCGUUUAAGAAGAAGCUUGUUCUCACUGUGUACAUGUGCAGCGGCUUCUGCGUGGAUGCGGCGCAAGGCUUUGUGGAGGUUCUUCAACGCAAACGGAAAUCUUGCCAGGGGCAGCCGACUCCUCAUGUUGAGUGGUUCAACUCCUUGCCAGAGGAGGAGAUGGUGCGACUCUGCUGGCCGGAGGCGCCCGCUGAUGAGCGCAUCUUGGCCGAAGCUGAAAGGCAUGUAGCAGGACUUCAGACUUCGCGCUGGGUGCAAGACAUGAAUUACAGCCGCGGCGUUGCCGUGCCAACUUACAACGUCGCAGCCGAAUAUCGGCGGCGUGCAGGAGGGCAGCAGCCAGCGCUGCAGAGCUCCAUGCUUGGUCGUGAUGGCCGGCGUGGCCGGCCCGGCCGCUAUCUACGAUUGUGGGCGCAACGAUUUCGCGCCAAGUGGGGCCUUGCUUACCAACGUAUCCCGGCAUGCUCUUUUCUCCCUGCCGAGGAACUUGUGGAGAAGGUGUUGUCAGAUCUGGAGACUCUGGCUGCUUCGUUUCCUUCCAAGCAGCUGUGCGUUGUGAUGGACAGCGCCGCGCAGCACCUGAGUGAACGCGUGGUGCGAAGGGCUGCCGAUGCCAAUAUCUGGCUUUGCGUGGUGCCGCCGAAAGCCACAGGGUGGCAGUCAGUGACCCGCGCGGGCUGGACUUCCACGCGCGUGUCGGCGUUGUUAUUCAGCUUGUGCUCUGUGGUAGCGGAGCUCCGCGCUCAAGCUGACCGAAGCGCCGUGGAAAGCGCCUGGCUGGGAGCCCUCUGCGAGGAUGUCACCCCUGUUGGGGCACGGGGAAGGGUGACUGGCCGCAGCCCAGUGCCCUUGUGCGCGAUGAGCGGUAGCAGUGGCUCCUUCACUAGAAGCAGCAGCAGUAGCUCCACAAGUUCUGAUUCCCUGGCAUCUUCAGAAGUGCCCGAGCAUCCCGCCGAGGAGGAAGUCUUGGAUUUGGAGGAAGGUGAAGGCUGCGACCGAUUUGCGAACAUGUCGGCAGCAAAGCCAGACCUGAGCUACCGAGGCCACACAGUCCAUUUCUGGACGAUCCCGUACUCAGCCAUCGAGGGCCGUUUGACUGCAGAAAACACAUCCAAGAAGGGCAUGCUGCGGCGUUUUCGAGAAGUCUACGGCGAGGCUUUGGAAUUCUACGCUGUUUUCCGGGAACUGCAUGCUGAAUCCUCACGAAGCUGGGAGCGCAAGGCUCACUACCAUGUGGUCUUGAAGCUGAAGGGCCGUGUCCGGUGGAUUCAGAUUGCCCGCGAGCUGCGCGCCAGGGGCAUCUUCGGGAAGCCCUUGCCAGAACUUGAUCCCGAUCCCUUGCUGAGCUCAAACUUCCCCAUUAUUGACAUGGAGAAGCGGCUCCGCGGGAAGCUUGCCAGAACACAAGUUCUGAGGCCAGGGGAUUUUUUCCAAGUCUUGCGAAGACACCCGAGCAUCGAGACCUACAACGACCUCAUUGUCUGGGCGCAGUCCCAGCAGAAGCACGGGGUGCCUCAAUACGUGGAGUUUAUGACCAGGCAAGGUGGCAAGAUGUCUGGGCUCUUCAAGGCAUGGAAGCAGCUCAUGGCUAAGCCUGUGAGCCAAAAGUCGCAACGGGAGGAGCGAUUGCGCUACUGGCAGGCUUCAAGGCAGGCGCCCUGUUCUUGCACAACGCCAGGCCGCUUGAGGUCUGGCCUGGAUGCCUUGAUGGUGCGCGAGAAGGAUGGUGAGAGGUUUGGCUACUUCGUCAAACGGCUUAUCCGCAUUGGGACAGCGGCCAAGAAUUGCAACAUCUUGCUUUGCGGGGCUUCCAAUGCGGGGAAGACUGCCCUCACAAGGCAGAAUUCCUGCCCGGUGGCCUGGGACACCCUGCUCUUGCUUCUGGAGGGCGAAGCUGUGGUAGCUGCUUGCAAGGGCUCGGCGUCGGUGGUCAUUUCCGAGCCGCCGCCUUUUCUCAUCACGUGCCAGGAGCGCGUUGUGCCGCUAGAUGCGAAGGGUCGCCCCAAUGUUGCCGAGAAGGAUGCCUUCCACAAUCGGUUUGCCUUGCGGUGGCAUCUGAAAUGCAGCAUUCCGUCUUCAAUGAAGGAUUCGCAAAGGAAGAUGUGCUACCGCUGCGUGCGUUGCUACUCAGACUGGGUGGAUGAGAAGCACGCUGCCUAUGCAGAGAAGGCCCCGGACAUCGAGGCAGAGACUGCAGCGCUGGAAUCGGCCAUCUGCCAAGAGGACUCAAGGGUGCCCGCUUUGCAAGAAGAAGAAGAACUUUCAGGGGCCACGACCCAGCCGUUGCUGGCCGCGCAGUCUGCUGACCCGCGUUCAUCGCAGUUGCAGCCAUCCGGUGCAGCGGUUCGGCCUCAGCCAGCGCAGCUAGACGAGUUGAAUCCCGCCGAGGAGCUUAAAGGCGAUGGCUCCGAACCUUUCCAAGAUCGACGAGUUCGCCCCCGGCUCGAGCCGGCCGUUGCUUCUUCACCGGCACCGGCGGGAAGAAGGCAACCAGCCGAGCCAGCCCUUGGUGCCUUCCCAUGUGGAGAUGCUGCCUGCUCCACGAACGCCUGA